AUGCUUCUUACAGGUGCAUUUACUUCGGAGUUUUCAACGGUGCUAUUCAGAUUCUGUAAGCUGGCCGUUCGAACAGGAAUGGAUAUCUUUCGCAUAAUGGACUGCUUCAACUAUUUACCAAAUCUUAUCUGUGGCAUUGAAGCCGUAGGAAAGGCUGGCGGAGUCGUCGAGGCUGCUAUCGCUUAUACCGGUGACAUCACUGAUAAGAACAGGGAACGAUAUAAUUUGAAGUACUAUAUGGAUUUGGUUGAUGAGCUAGUAAAAGCUGGGAUUCACAUCUUAGCAAUCAAAGACAUGGCUGGAGUUCUACAUCCAUUAGCAGCUCGCCUUUUAGUCGGAAGCAUACGAGACAAGCAUCCAGAUCUCCCAAUACAGGUGCACACCCAUGACAUGGCUGGAACUGGUGUUGCUUCCAUGCUUGCAGCAAUAGAGGCAGGCGCCGACGGUGUUGACGCGGCGAUCGACAGCAUGAGCGGAGUGACCAGUCAGCCGAGCAUGGGCGCCAUUGUGCGAAGUCUGAUGAACACUCCAAAAGCUACAGGUUCAUUCUUUCAUUCUAUGAACAAUUUACAGAGGUAG